GGCGACGAGGCCACCUACGCUGAGGAGCGGGCUGGCUGGACAGGCGGAGGUUGGUGGCGCCAGGAGAGCUCGGCCUGGGACGGGGGAAGAAGCCUUGACGCAGGCCUGUCAAAGACAGCACCGAACUACGAGUUGCUGAAGACCGACGGCUACAAAGUUUUCAGGCGCAAGCUGGAGGCGGCAGAGGCUACGGAGGAGAUAGACCUGGACCUGCUGGAAACAGACGACGCCUUCAGGCCGCUGUUCAAGGUCCUGGACGAGUACUACAAGUACGACAAUCAGACUGAGUUGCCAGCCUGGACAUAUCAGUUUUUCGGCAGGUUCGCCCGCAAGGACAAGGAGUCGAUGAAGCUGUACUGCCUGCGCCAUCAGCGCGACCUCAUGAAGCUGAAGGAAGUAGGCAUGGAGAUCCCAGAUAUGCUGGCGGGCUGGCACCUCCUCACGAGAGCGGCGAUCCCACCGUCGGGCGCCGCCCAGGUUCGGAGUCAAUGCGUAGACGGUCUCAGCUUGCAAAAGGUGAGGAAAGCCCUGCUCGACACGUACGGAGCCGAAGGUCUGCCCGACAAGCGCGUUAUCAAGCGAGUUGAGAGGAUGCUGCUCGGACAGAACGCCAAGGACGAUGCUCAUUACACGAAUGACUACGAGUGGGGGCGAGGCCUGAGCUACGAAGACACGUACCUGGAGGAGGAAGAGUACGAGGACGAAGACGAGCACGAGUACGAGGACGCUGACGAGGAGGCCGAGAUCGCAGAGGAGUUGCCGCAGGAUGUCGAGGACGCUCAGCUGGCGUGGGACGAGGCCUACCUGAGUUCCGUGGAUGCAAAGAAGCGCGUGGCUGAGAUCGCGAAGUCCCGAGGCUUUUGCCCGAUCGUCGCCGUGGCGCCGGACAACAACUACCAGCGUGAGGCGCGACCCGCUCGAUCACCAGGUAAAGGCAAGGGACGCGGACGCGGAAAAGGCAAAGGCAAAGGGGCAAGUCAGCCACGUCGAGAUCCACCAGCGUUCAAACUCCCGAAGGCCCCGUUCGUCCGCACUCAGGCUGCGCCGAGCGCGGGAUCGACCGGGACAGGCUCGACGCAGCAGCACGGCCCGAGGUUCAAGAGGUUUCGCCACGGCGGGUUCGCCAGGACGGAGACCGAGUCAGGCAACAUGGUCGAGGACAUCGAGAAGCUGGAGUGCGCGAACUCGACCGAGGCGGUGUUCUUGCUGACCGUCUGGGCGCAGUGGGAGGAGCUGCUGCGCGUGAAGCAGUUGCUGCGCGAAGUCAAAUAUGACAAAAGCGACCGACGGUUCAGGUUCGGAGACGGGAAGACGCUGGAGGCUAAGGAGGCAGUGACGUUGACGGCGUGGCCGUUCGGCGUCAAGAAGCAGGUCGCCACCCACCUCGUCAAGGGGUGGACGCGGCUGCUCAUCGCCAGGCCCUGCAUGGAUCAGUGGGGUCUCAUCCAGGACUACGGGGCAGGUGCGUUCAUGAUGCAGGAUCUCCCCGACAAGGGUUGGAUGAAGUCCGAGCGUGAAGGGAAAGGCCACUUCAUCAUCGACCUGCUUGGCAGCGCCGGGAAGGAAGCGGACGACGCCAUGAACGAGGGCGCUCCCACGGACGGCGAGGAAAGCAGCGACGAUUCGACGGACAAGGACUCGGAGGGGAGCUCGGUGAAGGGCGAGACCGAUGGGGGCAGCGACUCGUCGGUGCCAGACGCCGACGCCUACUACCUCGAGACCGUCACGGAGUUUUACGACACCGGCAGCGACGACGAGGCGCUGACGACCGAGGAGCUCGCGGAGGCAGGGCUCACCGACAUGGAUGCGGACACCUACUCGGGCCUGACCUUGGCCCUGGAGCAAGCGGAGACCGACAUGAAGGAUACGCUCAGAGGACCCCGCAAGCGCGUGGUCUGGGAGGUCUUUGUGGACACAGGAGCUUUGUCGGAGGAGCUGCUGGAGUUCCCGCAGGUCAAGGUGGUCCAGUUCAGGAUCUGGCGCUCUUGGCAGUAUGUCAACGAGAAGCUUUCGGAGGAGCACACGAAGGAGAUCAACCUCACCAGACAGCGAGAGGAGAGGACGUUUCUCAAGAUGCUCGACCAGUGCAGGCUGGGCGCGAAGUUCGAGAUCAAGGACAAGCUCAUGCCGUACCAGAAGCCUACGCGACUCCAGUCCACGAGCGAGGAGUUCAUACACCACAUGAGCAUGCUGUGCCGCUGCACCGAGGAGCACGUGGUCUUACGCGGCAAGCUUGCCCAGCAGGCUCAGAAUUACCCGAGACCGAUGGCGAGAAGGAUGGCCUACUUGAUCGCCUACCAGGGCAUGGCCGACGACAUUGAGGAUAUCAACACCGCCGAGGAGGUCUACAAGGAUAUCGACGCCAUCGAGUACACCGACGUAAUGCAAGAGCUGAUGAAGCGUUUCAACGUGUCGACGAUCAGGGCGGUCAAGCGCGCUCAUAUCAGCCUGGGCCACCCCUCAAACGCGGCGCUGGCAACCGCCAUGAAGCGCGCGAAGGCCCCGGCAGAAUGGACUCAGUGCGCCAAGCUCUUCCAGUGUGAAGUUUGCCUGAGCAGGAGGCGACCUCGAGCAGCACGCGCGGCUGUACUACCACAAGCUAGAAUGUUCAAGGAGGUCGUGAACACCGACGUCUACUACGCCACUUGGAAGAACAAGGAGCGGAAGAUCUUGGCCCUGAACGAGUUCACGCGCUACGAAGUGGACUACCCGAUCGCGAAGGAGACUUUCAAGAAGGAGGUGAACCUGUUUCAGAAGUUGUGGAUCAGCUUGGCCGGCAAGCCCGACACCAUGAGGAUGGACAUGGCAGGCUCGCACACGUCGAGAAAUAUGCACCAGUGGAUGAGCAAGCAUGACAUCACACUCGACCUGAUCCCGAAGGGCGCGCGCCACAAGCUUGGGCUCAUGGAGCGCAGCCAUGCGGUCAGGAGGGAGCAGCUCAGCAAGUACCACCUGCAGUUUCCCGACGACUCGCUCAAGACCGCGCUCAGGAUGACCGCCAGCCAGCGGAACAUCUUACGCAACGUGCUCGGGUAUUCGCCCGCGACGCUGGUGCUGGGCACACAGCCCAAGGUACCUGGCGCUCUGUGCGACGAGGACUUCGGCCUGGCGGAGCAGGCCGCGCUGGUCGACCCCAAGAGCGAGGUGCACGAGAUGAUGGUCAGGCGCGCUGCGGCGGGGGCGGCUUUCAUCGAGGCCAUCUGCUCUCGCGCCGUGCGAGCUGCGCUGUUGGCGCGCAGCAGGCCGACGCGCCGCGAGUGCCAGAUCGGCGAGUGGGUCUACUUCUGGCGACCCGAGAUGUCGACGGGCCUGGAGAAGUGCCAUUGGCAUGGCCCGGCGGCGGCGGCGGCGGCGGUGGAGUCGAAGGUCAACGAGGACGACGUGAUGCACGCGUCGGUGGCGUGGGUCACGCACGGGCGCACGAUCUACCGCUGCACGGUGGAGCAGCUCCGUCCCGAGCUGACGAGCGAGACCCGAUAA